UCAAAUGUCAAAUGAUUAUUGACAUUUUGUGAAUUGGGUUGGAUUACGGCUAUGUAGGAAAAUAAAAUAAAAUAAUUAAGAUUAAAGAUAGUACUUACUUGUUACUUGAUAUUGUUUAUAAAAUGAACGUGACACUCACAAGCUUGGAGGCAUUAAUAUUAAAAGCAACACAUGAGUCGCUGCCACAACCUGAUGCGGCAGCCGUGGAGGCGUUCUGCGCUGUCAUGCGUGACUCCACUGAGGGGGCUCAGCUUGCUGCCCAGGCGCUGGCCGGUCGCAUACACUCUCUAAACACACGAGAGGCGCUCCUUGCGCUAGUGAUGUUAGACCGCUGUAUGCGCCGCUGUGAUGCUAAUUUUCACGCUGAAGUCGGGAAAUUUCGAUUCCUGAACGAGAUGAUAAAGCUGGUAUCGCCUAAAUACUUUGCCGACAGAACCUCACCAGAUGUUCGCACAAGAGUCUUACAGCUACUACAUGCCUGGUCUUUAGAAUAUCCAAAAGAAACCAAGUUCAAAGUUGCCUUUGAAAUGCUAAAAAGUCAAGGAGUUGUUAAGGAUACCCCACCACCUUUGCCUCCUGAAGACAAUGGCCUAAACGCGCGACCUAGAGCUAAAAAUGCUAUAUUUGAAGAUGAAGAGAAAUCCAAACUGUUACAAAAACUACUUCAGAGCAAAAAGCCAGAAGACCUCCAACAUGCAAAUAGGUUGAUCAAAACAAUGGUCCGGGAAGAGGAAAGGCGGAGUGAAGCGAACAGCCGCCGCGCGCAGGAGGUGAGCGCGGCGCUGGACAGCGCGGGGCUGCUGCGCGACAUGCUGGCGCACGCGCAGGACGCGUCCACAGACGAGGAGCAGCUCAUCCACGAGCUGCACUCCAGCUGCGCGCGGCAGAGGCCCGUGCUGCAGCGACUCGCUUCCUCCGACGCGCACGCUGACAACUUGAGUGAUAUAUUACACGCAAAUGACGUACUGGAUGACGUAUUCGAGAAAUACAAUAAAUUCGUUAUGGAGAAGCGGUUAAAGCCCAAAGAACCGCAGCGCGAGGGACGCGGUUCAAAUAGUCUUAGUUUGUUAGACUUCGCCGGAGCCAGUGCUCACAGAGACGAGGGAGAAAUGCCAAAGAGUAGAUCGAGUCAAGCGAUUGACGAGUUAGGAGAUAUAUUUUCUAACGAUGGCAACACUAAUGCUAUCGCUCAGCUACUUAAGCCUGUAAAUUUAAUGACUAUUGACGAUGCAGAAUUGUUAGAAGAAAAAGAUAAGAAAGUGGAGGGUUGGAAUGAAUUGGAUUCUCUUGGUGCGAAGCUGUUGAAGGAAUCUUUACCUGACAACGCCCGACGGGUAGAUCAUUUUAAUAACAAGCACACAAAGAAAAUCCCCAUGAACGCAUUAGAGAAACCUUCACCCAAGCACGAUGCGUUAGCUAACACUGCUUUACUAGAUUUGGAUUUCUUCACCAAAAAGCCAGAGGAAAAACUCUCUCCAGCAGCUCAUUCCACCAAAUCAAUUACUCUAAACGAUGACGUCAUGGUGGACAUAAGUUCAGACGAUAAAAGCACAACUAAUAACUUAAACGAUAACCUAAAUUUACACACAGAGAGCCGUCUAGACAAUAUAUUAGAUAUAGGAGUACCGUUAGAACAAAAUGCUAAUGCUGAAACGCUUGUAGACAAUAAGAGCAAUGAGAGUGAAGAAAGGAUAAAGACUAAAGUGGAUGUUAAACCAUUAACAGAUAUAAAUGUGACGUUGCAAAGUGUUCAUCCGAGCAAGGUGCCUCCUUUGACAGCAUUCGAGGAACAAGAUGGCCUAACAGUGGUGCUGCACUUCUGUAAGGACAAGCCGAGGCCGGACGUGAACGUCAUCGUUGUCUCCACGACCAGCAGGAACAGCUCGGCUAUAGAGGACUACAAGUUCCAGGCAGUCGUUCCAAAGGGUUACAGAGUCCGUCUGCUGUCGGCGUCGGGCAGCAGUCUGCCGCCGUACAACCCGUUCCUGCCGCCGCCCGCGCUCACGCAGCUGCUGCUGCUGGGCGCGCCGCCCGCCGCGCCGCCGCCCGCCCUGCGCUUCGUGCUCACCUACUCCUGCGACGACGACGCCUGCACCGAGAUGGGAGAGGUGGCCAGCUUGCCGCUCGAACACAUAUAGGACUCUUGACAUUAUAGUCCAAGGCUAGUUCGGACUACUUUAGUAUUUUAGUCUUCGACCAUUAAUAAGAGGACCUGUCUCGCUAACCGUUAACCCUCUGGCAAUGAUCAAAAAUCAUUGAUCUAACGCGUUUAUAAAAACUGUUGCUAUAUAAUCGAUGUUUCAUUGUUGGAAUCGUUUUCGUCGUGUAAAGAGCUCCGAAAAUAAACCGGUUUAUGUAGUUGAAUGGCAUAAAAAUGGCCAAAAACAUGUAGUUUAGUAAAAGAUGGAGUAACGUUUCAUUUGUAAGUAUUUCUAUUUUAAUUUUAUCAAAUUUGUAACUAAAACAAUUAAAAAGAAUCGAUUCUUUUGUUGGAACAGCAAAAAAUCGAUCAAGUAAUCGAAUAUUCUAUGGAUAGUCUAAGCAAUGUGCUUGUUAGUCUGUGUAAAAAUUACGCGUGUGUGUAUUGCGAGGCAAAUUUAUAGUUGUGUAUAGUUUAGUACACAAUAUAUUUAAUGGUGUGAAAUAUUUUCAUGUAAGUUUACCUCGUCCCCCUCAAAAAACGUCAGACUUUUUUGUUAGUGAAUUUGGAUGCAAAACAGGUCCACAUUCUAAAUAGUCAAAGGUUUUAGUCGAGUACGAACAAUUUUUGGAUUUACCGCACAAAAACUGUUUGUAGUCGACUAAAAUACUAAAGAAGUCAGAACUAGGCAUUAGAUCCGAAUGUCAAGUGUCCUUAGAAACGCUCUUCACCCAUCUGUUUAACUGAUUAAAAAUUUUAUUUAUGAUUUUGUAUCAAACUAUCCGACGCCUGCGACUUUGUUCGCGGAAGUCUGAGUCUCGUGGCAUGGCAAUAACAGGUAGAUACUUUACAGAGUUACUGGCGUUUUGCCGUGUGUUUGUGUGAUGUGCUUGUAGCUAUUUGAGCAAUACAUAUUUUGUUUUGGGAAAAUAAAACAGUUAUAUCUCUUUAGAACAAAUGAUGUCAACGGCAAUUUCAUUCAAAAAUGUGAGAAUCUAUGAUAUAAUGUUUACACCUUCGCAAAUAAUACAUUAUUUUGAAAUUUGAUUACUAUAAAAAAGGUUUAGUGAGUUAUAUUAUGAAAUAUAUUAGUUAUAUAUAAGAGGUUGGACGUUGGGGUCCCAAAGUGCAAUUUAUAUUCAGCUAGAAAAUUAUUUAUGAGGCACCGGUAAUAAAACCAGGAGCAAGAUAAGGUACAAUAACCUCAAGUGCGCAAACUACUAAAAUAUUUAGUUUUAUAUGUUAUACAAAAAAAUAGAAUCUCACUUUAUAAAUAAGACAGAAAAUUAUUUUUCAAAAGUGAUGUGAAUAAAGUCCUUGGCCCAAACGCAAUGAUUUUAUGGUAUCAAAAAUAAACCAAAUUAGUUAGUUUGAUUAGAUUGUAAUGUCACCAAUCUACAUAAAUGCAUUUAUUCGUAUUGGUUCUAGUCUGAUUAGGUCUCAACAUUCCUGUAUUUACUAGAUUUUUAUUUAAAAAUAUCAUUUCUGUAAAUUAAUUUUAAUCCUCUUUUAUGUUUAUUUAUAGUAUUAAAAUGCCAAGAACAGAAAAAAUAAAUAGUCUUAGAGGCUUUGUAGCCAGACCUGUCUUAACUCUUCUCUGCCAUUUAAGUUUACUCUUUAAAUGGUACCUAUCAUAAAACGGUUUUACGACAAAGCUAAGUGUCCGGUGACUGUAGACAUUAUUUCUCAUAUUAUCCUAAGGUAUUAUAGACAAAAAAAAAUGUGCAAAGAAUUGCUUUAAAAACUGCUACCUUUCAAAGCUCAUACUCAAUACUCCAUAAUAGUAUACCAUAUAUUACACUUAACGUAAUCAAAUAGCAUGUUAGCCCACCUACAAACCAUUAAUAAACACUAUAGAAAACUAUGGAGUUUACUCGUAAUCAUAGUUAUUUUGGAUGGGAAGAGAUUUAGCAGAUGACAAAGUUGCUGAUCAAUUAUUAUUGUCCAAAUAUUUUUUCCAUCCAUCUUUUAACAGACUUCAAACUAGGAGAAGGUUCUCAAUUCAAUGUUUUUUUUUUAUGUUUGUUACCUCAUAACUUCGUCAUUUAUUAACCAUUUUAGAAAAUUCUUUUUUGUGUGAAAUAGUAUAAUACUUCCAUUAUUUAACAUUGAAAUAAAAAUCAGCUUAGUAGUUUUGUGUUAAAAUCAUAAUAACUGAAAUGUCUUUGAAGUCGGUUCCAUUUUUAUGUUAAAAAGAUAUAUUUUAUAUUUUCUUUGGGAUAACAUGAAGAAUAACAGUCACAGUUAAUGCCAUAUAAACUGUUAGUUAUAGAAUGAACAGACAAAGUUUACGGUUAUAUAGAAUACUGAAGACUGAGCACAGAAUCUAAGCAUAUUACCACAAUUCUCAAUUUUCACAUUUUUUUGUAGACUUUGAUUGGUUUGUUUGUUAAGCUUGUUGGUAAUAGAAAAAAUAAUACAGCUUCAAAUGUUACUUCACUUUAGUAUGCUGGCGAACUUUUUGAGCAAGAAGUGUGAUGAAAAUAAUGUAUUUUUCUUCGAGAAACAUACUUUUACUAAGCCAACAAUUUAACCAGAUCCUUAUUUGUAAUUGUAGAUAAUGUUAUCAUCUCCAUAUACUUUUAUAUGGGGGUAUACUUGGGUUCUCGAGGCCGACGAUGUAUUGGCCGGUGGGCAUUCCCCUUUCGACCUACAUUUUGUCGAUUCAGACAUUCUAUGACUGUUUCUAUUUGAAUGAGAAAUAAACAAGCGUUUUUUCAUUCAUGAAAUUAUCUAUUAGAUCUGUAGUUGUGAAGAUUGCAGUAUUAUACAGAAAGUUCAAAUGUAAAUGUGCUUGUAGUGACAAGCACGAAGUGUUCGAGUGCAAAUAUUAUUAUACUAGACGUAAAGAUUUGUUUUAUUUUAUAUGUUAUAUGUUGCUGUGCAAUAAAUGAUACUUAAUCGAAAUAAUAUAAUUAUAGAUAUGACUUGAAAUAUAUUAUUUAUAUUAUCUAAAGAAUAAAUUGUAUCUGCUUA